CUCCCUCUCGGCCCGCCCAGCUCGUGCGACCCGCCAUGAACGGUCACCACACCCGUGCCGGCACCGGCGCCAACACGCCGUUCCACACCGCCACUUCUCGCCCUCUCGUCCUCCUCCAUCCGUCAACCCAGACCCGCGUCUCGCUCCACGACAAGAGCGGCAACCUCGUCGGGUUCGAGGCGGCCGAGAUCGACGAGGACGACGUCGCGCAGGACGGCAUCGACGAGCACCAGCUCGUCCUCACCGCCUACUUCCUCGCCCAUGUCGCCAGCCUCCUCCCCUUCCCGGCGACCGCCACCUCGCCCGCGACGGCGGCCGUCCUCCACGCCGCGUUCACCUACUUCGCGCACGAGUACCUGUCCACGACCGACGUUCACUCGCUCGGCGCGGCCCUGUCGGCCCCGGUCCGCACCCUUGUCAUCUCGUCCUACUUUGUCGCCAAGAGCAAGCUCGAGACGGCCGGCCACGCGCGCACGCUCCCCAAGCAGCCGCAGCCCGCCCUCCUCCAGCAGGCGUCCAAGGGCACCGCCGAGCUGUACGCCCUCUUUGGCGGCCAGGGCAUGAACGAGGUCUACUUUGACGAGCUCCAGUCGCUCUACGACCUCUACUCGCCGCUCCUCGUUCCCUUCCUCACCCGCGCCUCGGAGCACCUCGUCGCGCUCGCCGCCGCCGAGUCGUCGACCCUCCUGUACCAGCACUCGCUCGACGCCCUGUCGUGGCUCCAGGACCCGUCGACCCGCCCCGAGGUCCCGUGCCUCGCGUCGUGCGCCGUGUCGCUCCCCCUCAUCGGCCUCACCCAGCUCGCCCAGUACGUCGUGUACGGCAAGGGCUCGUCGCUCGGUCCGGCCGAGCUCGGCGCCCAGUUCAAGGGCGCGACCGGCCACUCGCAGGGCGUCGUGUCGGCCCUCGUCAUCGCGCGCGAGUACCCGGCGGCCAAGGGCGACGGCAGCGACGCGUGGAUCCCGUUCUACGAGCAGGCGCUGCGCGGCCUGAGCGUCCUGUUCCAGAUCGGCCUCCAGGGCACGCUCGCGUUCCCGCCGCUGUCGAUCUCGCCCGCGCUCCAGGCGAGCUCGCUCGAGAACGGCGAGGGCACGCCGACGGCCAUGCUCGCCGUCACGGGCCUCGAGCUCAAGACGCUCGAGAACAAGAUCGCCGAGGCCAACUCGCACGUCGCCGGCGAGGGCCGCGACGAGACGGUCCAGGUCUCGCUGUACAACGGGCCCAAGGCCUUCGUCGUCACGGGCAACCCCAAGGACCUCGUCGGCCUCGCCGACGGCCUGCGCAAGAUCCGGGCGCCCGUCGGCAAGGACCAGUCCAAGGUGCCCCACUCGAAGCGCCUCCCCGUCUUCUCGAUGCGGUUCCUCGCCAUCAACGUCCCGUACCACUCGACGCUCCUUUCCGGCGCGACCGACAAGGCGCUCGCCGCCCUCGCCGAUGCCGACGGCGCGUUCUGGGCGCCGUCGUCGCUCACGUGCGCCGUGUACAACACCGAGGACGGCUCGGACAUGCGCGCCGCGUCGGCGCCGUCGCUCCUCGAGUCGGUGUUCACCCAGAUCUUUACGUCGCCGAUCUACUGGGCGUCCAAGGCGACCAACUUCCCGGCGUCGGCGACGCACGCGAUCGACUUUGGCACGGGCGGCGCGAGCGGCAUCGGCAGCCUGUGCAUGCGCAACUGGGAGGGCCGCGGCAUCCGCACCGUCAUGCUCGGCAACCGCGCGACGGGCGUCGGCGCCGGCAAGGAGGCGUGGGGCAGCGUCGUCCCCGUCGAGCACAAGUGGGACGACAAGUUCCACCCGCGCCUCGUGCGCACGAGCGACGGCAAGGUGCACCUCGACACGCCCUUCUCGCGCCUCCUGUCCAAGCCGCCCCUCAUGGUCGGCGGCAUGACGCCGACGACGGUCAAGGCCGGCUUCGUGUCGGCCGUCCUCAAGGCCGGCUACCACGUCGAGCUCGCCGGCGGCGGGCACUACAACGAGAAGGCGGUGCGCGCCAAGGUGGCCGAGAUCCAGAAGCUCGUCGACCAGCCCGGCAUCGGCCUCACGCUCAACUGCCUGUACAUCAACCAGCGCCAGUGGACGUUCCAGAACCCGCUGUGGCAGCAGAUGAAGAAGGAGGGCGAGCCGAUCGAGGGCCUGUGCGUCGCCGCCGGCAUCCCCUCGACCGAGAAGGCCAAGGAGAUCAUCGACGGCCUGCGCGACGCCGGCAUCAAGCACGUCUCGUUCAAGCCCGGCUCGGUCGACGGCAUCCGCCAGGUCGUCAACAUCGCGUCGAGCAACCCGGACUUCCCCAUCAUCCUCCAGUGGACCGGCGGGCGCGCCGGCGGCCACCACUCGUGCGAGGACUUCCACGCGCCGAUCCUCGCCACGUACGCCUCGAUCCGCCAGCACCCCAACAUCCGCCUCGUCGCCGGCUCUGGGUUCGGCGACGCCAAGGGCUGCUACCCGUACCUGUCGGGCCAGUGGUCCGAGGAGCUGUACGGCGUCGCGCGCAUGCCGUUCGACGGCUUCAUGUUUGCGUCGUGGGUCAUGGUCGCCAAGGAGGCGCACACGAGCGAGAGCGUCAAGCAGCUCAUCGUCGACGCGCCCGGCGUCGACGACGACAAGUGGGAGGCGACGUACGACAAGCCGACCGGCGGCAUCCUCACCGUCAACUCGGAGCUCGGCGAGCCCAUCCACAAGGUCGCCACUCGCGGCGUCAAGCUCUGGGCCGAGUUCGACAAGAAGGUCUUCUCGCUCACCAAGGAGAAGCAGGUCGCGUGGCUCGCCGACAACAAGCAGUACGUCAUCGACCGCCUCAACGCCGACUUCCAGAAGCCGUGGUUCCCGGCUAAGGCCGACGGCUCGUCGUGCGACCUCGCCGAGAUGACCUACGCCGAGGUCAACGCGCGCCUGGUGCGCCUCAUGUACGUCGCGCACGAGAAGCGCUGGAUCGACCCGUCGCUGCGCAACCUCACGGGCGACUGGAUCCGCCGCGUCGAGGAGCGCCUCAGCAACGUCAACGACUCGAACGUCAAGGUCUCGGUCCUCCAGAGCUACUCGGAGCUCAACGACCCGCACGCGUUCCUCGACAAGUUCCUUGAGGCGUUCCCGGCCGCCAAGGACCAGAUCCUCGCCUCGGCCGACGUCGCCUACUUCCUCGCCAUCUCGCAACGCCCCGGUCAGAAGCCCGUCCCGUUCAUCCCGGUUCUCGACGCGAGUUUCGGCAUCUGGUUCAAGAAGGACUCGCUGUGGCAGGCCGAGGACAUCGAGGCCGUCUUCGACCAGGACCCGCAGCGUGUCUGCAUCCUCCAGGGCCCGGUCGCCGUCAAGCACUGCACGUCGACGCAGAUCCCGAUCGCGACCAUGCUCGGCGAGAUCCAGGACGAGCUCGUCGAGCGCGUCCUCGCCGACUACUACGGCGGCGACGCGACCAAGGUCCCCGAGAUCGACUACCUCGCGCCGCAGCCCAAGCCGGUCGACCCGGUCUCGUUCGCCGCCGAGCACAACGUCGCGCACGCCGUCGAGGACCUCGCCGACGGCGCCAAGAAGCACGUCUUCUCGAUCAACGGCGUCCUCCCGCCGACGGGCGAGUGGCUCAACGCGCUCGCCGGCCCCAAGCUCGGCUGGCUCCAGGCCUUCCUCAGCAACGUGUCGAUCCAGGCCGGCGAGACGUCGGUGCCCAACCCCGUCAAGCGCGUGCUGGCACCGCGCCACGGACAGCGCGUCGAGCUCACGCUCCGCGCCGACGGCCAGCCGCUCAAGCUCGACGUCUUCUCGGCGAUCCAGUGAGCGGCACGUCGGCGUCGUCCACCUGGCCCUGCCUCGUCCUUCUCUCGUUCCUCCUCCUCCUCGUCGUCGUCGUCGCGUCCCCGUUCUCGGUUCUCUUCUCCCUUAGACCCCUCCAGGCUUUCCUCCUCUUUGUCUCGCACCCGCCUGAAUCUGUCCCCCCCUCGCUCUCUCCCUCCUCUCUUCCUCGUCGUCGCCGCCGAGCGGCACCUCGACUCGUCCUUCCCUCCCUCCCCCUUUGUCCGCUCCUCGUCCUCGUUCUGGUUCCCCUCUCUCUCUCCUUCGCAACCUCUUCUUCCGGUCUCUCGCUCUCUUAGGUCCUCCUCGUCAGUGCAUAGAGACUCUUUCUCACGAGCAACGUGUU